CAGGCCAUACCUUGGAAGAGCUUGAGGAUCUCUGGAGGGCGAUCACUGCAACUGGCCGGUCCUGGACUGUGACAGCUGCAUGGUCUUCCAGUUGCAGUGCGGCGAGUGCAACGGCCGGCUACCGGAACGUACCGGCCUGCGGAUGCUCAGGAAGGUGCAGUUGACGAGUCCCGAGCUCACGGGAGAUUUGUCCACCUUUCUGCGGGGCCUCAAAAGCGAAAGCCGAGUGAUACCCCUCACCGAACUGAACCUACAGGGAACGAAGGUGACCGGCGACAUCCGCAUCCUGGCAGAGAUGGUCACUACAGGCAUCGUGACGGUGUCUGUCUUGCACCUGCAGGACACCUUGGUGUGGGGCGAUUUGCAGGUCUUUCGCGGGAUGCAGCACGCGUCGAAGGUGGAUUUGUCGCGCACCGCGGUGGUCGGAGAGCUGAACGUCUUCGAGGAGAGCGGGGAGGCGCUCAACACGCUGAAGCUGAGCGGCGUCGCCGGGCUCACAGGAGACGUGAAGUGCUUGAAGUCCACCAGCCGCCUGCAAGUCCUCGACCUUUCGGACACCCCAGUGACGGGAGACAUCAGCAUCUUAAAGGAGCUAACUCACAUUCAGGAGGCGGACUUGUCGCGAAGCCAAGUCUUUGGACAUUUGGAUGACUCCUGGAGAAAAUGUUGUGACUAUUUGGAGUUACUGGAUGUGUCCAAAACCUUGGUGCACUUCUUACCUCAAGACCUCGAGGAGCUGCACACUUUGCAGAAGCAUUGGGUCUCUGAAGCACCGCUCUUCCGGGCAUUGACGCACUUGGACAUCAGCCAUUGUCCAGUGAACAGAUCGGUGCAUGACUUAUGGAUGGUGUUGGCCAUGUCACCUCAUCUGGCGUCGAUCAAAGCAGCGCACUGUGGACUUUCGGGUGCUCUUCCCCAGCUCCGACGGACCGAGGCACGGCUACAUUUGCAUGGUCUAAUAGCCCAAAAGGCUCAACAUUACACCUAUCCGCUGGCGAAGUCUCUUCAGACCUUGGAUUUAUCGGGCAACCACCUCACCAACUUCUCGGAGCUACCGGUCAGCAGCCGCUUACUCUUGCAGGACAUGGAGAACGCUCUCGUUAUCGGUGAUGGCAUUUUAGCUGAAGCACUGCAGAGUGAAGUGCUCCUGAACCUCUCCCAAACGGAGCUGGCGAACAGGAAAGAAGCUCAGAAGCUUUUGGCCUUAGGCGUCUUGCGCAAAACCAACGACUUCGUGAUUCGUGACGACCAGCAGGGAUGUACAUGUUAUGGCUUGGCCGGAACUUCUAUCCUUGUAACUCCUGCCAAGUUCUUGCCAGAUGAACUUUGCCAAUGCCUGGCUGGAUGGCAUGGAGUGGGCGCCACAUGCCAGAAAUGCCCGGGCAACUUCUUUUCGGCCUCCAUUGGACAAAACGAAUGUCAGCCUUGCCCUUUGAACAGCACGUCGGAGGAGGGAGCGAGUGCAAAGGCGCAGUGCAUUUGUAGCUUUGGACGCCUCCACAAUGGCCACUGUGGCUGCGAUCGGCAGCAUGCCUUGCUGUUGGACAGCUGCGUGCCGUGUCACAAGCUACAUUUGCAGUGCAACCAGUCCGGAAGUGCUGCCACCACCGCAAUCCCACAAAGAGGCUACACGCGUUUGGAGCCCUUCGCACAAGAAGCUUACAAGUGUCAUCCGCCAGCCGAAAUUCGUUGCCCGGGUUUUGCUGACGAGCGUGAGCAGCAGUUCUGUGGAGCGGGGUAUACCGGAACGUUGUGUGCAAGUUGCGCAGAUGGAUUUUGGGCCACUGGAAAUCUGUGCCGGAUUUGCAGCAAAGCAAGCUGGACAUCGUUGUGGGCGCUGGGUCUUUUGGCAGCUGCUGCCUUGCUUCUGGCGGCUCUGCUGGGUUAUCGCAAGCUCUAUGGACAAGCAACACCACAACCGCCCAGUGCACAAAGUCUGUUGCUGAAGCUGCUGCUGUUGGAAAGCCCUGUGCUCUUGCAGACGGUCCAGCUGUGGGCUGUGCUAAGCCACCUGAGCCAGCGAAAGGAGGGGAAUGGCACUGAUGGCACCGGCACGAGCGUCCCAUAUCUGGAAGCCCUGCAGUUCACAGUGUCAGAUUUGCAAGACUCCCUCAACCUGCAGUGCACCUUCGACGGCACCACGGUGCGAACGCUGGCAGCUCUGAGCUCUCCGCUGCUUCCGCUGCUUCUGUUGGCUUGCUGCAGCGCCUUGGAAAUCUUUCGUGCCGGUAUGGGCGUCAACAUGGCCCUAAAGACUCUCACCUUGCUCUUCAUCGGUGGAGCUUCCAGUACCGCCGACUUGCUCAGCUGCCAAUCCCUCGACGGAGAUGGCCAUGCCUUGGGCUCUCACGCCUUUCGCCGGGCGCUCCCCCAGCUCCACUGCGACGCGGAGUCCCGCAGCGAUGCUGUCGGGGCUUGGGCGGAUGUGGUGGGCUAUAGCGCGGCAGUGGGCUAUGGGCUGCUGAUCCCCUCUUUCUUGGCUGGCCUCAUGGUGCGACAGUACUUUGCGCUUCAGUCAGCAAGGCUUUGCCUCGCGCAUGCGAGGGUUGAGCCUGCAAAAGUGAUCAUUCACAUACAGACCGCUCGAGGACAGCUACACCCAAAAAUUCUUCCCAAGCGGCUCGUAGCAGCUGCAGCCGCACACCUGUCGGUGCAUUGCCGUGGUAAGAUGCAGGUUCAGCUGCAGGAGGAGACCGUGACCUUGAUCGCCGAAUCGCGGGGUUCGACCGACGACGCGAACGAGCUGGAUGCCCUGAAACUGGUGGCAGACGCAGAGACCUCGCAGAACUUGGAUGCGUUGAAGUGCCGGCGCAUCUUCGAGAUGUUGACCGAGCGGACGAUGCUGAGCGAGGCAAAGGAUCGGCUCCUGUUGGGCGCGCAGCCUUUGCUGUGCAAAUACACCUUGUGCCAGGAUGUUUGGAUGGAUGUUGCCAUGAAGCUUUAUGCCGUCACCUUGGUCUCCUUUGUCUCAAUGUCGGAUGCUUGGAAAUUCACCGUGGCACUAUGUUUGGGCAUGUCAGUGCUCGUUUGGGUUUCACACCCCUACAUGCAUCCCCAGGUGAGCCAUUUGCAAAGCUUUUGUUGCUUUGCCUUGGCCUUGGCUUCAAUGGCUUUCAUCCAGAACUGCUUCCGCCUGGCACAGCUGGUUCUUCUGGGGCCCCUGCUGCUGUUGCUCUCACAGGUGCGAUGUCCUGACUGCACAGAGGCCUUGGCUGAACGUUGCUUUCAGGAGUUGGAAGAGCAGCUACCAAAGCUGCAAGCCGGUGAAGCGCAUGAACUCCACGUGCGACUCUUGCGCUUCUGAGCCGUGCGAGACGCGCUGGAGUCGGACCACA